CCCCCCCCCCCCCCCCCCCCCCCCCCCCCCCCCCCCCCCCCCCCCCCCCCCCCCCCCCCCCCCCCCCCCCCCCCCCCCCCCCCCCCCCACCCCCCCCCCCCCCCCCCCCCCCCCCCCCCCCCCCCCCCCCCCCCCCCCCCCCCCCCCCCCCCCCCCCCCCCCCCCCCCCCCCCCCCCCCCCCCCCCCCCCCCCCCCCCCCCCCCCCCCCCCCCCCCCCCCCCCCCCCCCCCCCCCCCCCCCCCCCCCCCCCCCCCCCCCCCCCCCCCCCCCCCCCCCCCCCCCCCCCCCCCCCCCCCCCCCCCCCCCCCCCCCCCCCCCCCCCCCCCCCCCCCCCCCCCCCCCCCCCCCCCCCCCCCCCCCCCCCCCCCCCCCCCCCCCACCCCCCCCCCCCCCCCCCCCCCCCCCCCCCCCCCCCCCCCCCCCCCCCCCCCCCCCCCCCCCCACCCCCCCCCCCCCCCCCCCCCCCCCCCCCCCCCCCCCCCCCCCCCCCCCCCCCCCCCCCCCCCCCCCCCCCCCCCCCCCCCCCCCCCCCCCCCCCCCCCCCCCCCCCCCCCCCCCCCCCCCCCCCCCCCCCCCCCCCCCCCCCCCCCCCCCCCCCCACCCCCCCCCCCCCCCCCCCCCCCCCCCCCCCACCCCCCCCCCCCCCCCCCCCCCCCCCCCCCCCCCCCCCCCCCCCCCCCCCCCCCCCCCCCCCCCCCCCCCCCCCCCCCCCCCCCCACCCCCCCCCCCCCCCCCCCCCCCCCCCCCCCCCCCCCCCCCCCCCCCCCCCCCCCCCCCCCCCCCCCCCCCCCCCCCCCCCCCCCCCCCCCCCCCCCCCCCCCCCCCACCCCCCACCCCCCCCCCCCCCACCCCCCCCCCCCCCCCCCCCACCCCCCCCCCCCCCCCCCCCCCCCCCCCCCCCCCCCCCCCCCCCCCCCCCCCCCCCCCCCCCCCCCCCCCCCCCCCCCCCCCCCACCCCCCCCCCCCCCCCCCCCCCCCCCCCCCCCCCCCCCCCCCCCCCCCCCCCCCCCCCCCCCCCCCCCCCCCCCCCCCCCCCCACCCCCCCCCCCCCCCCCCCCCCCCCCCCCCCCCCCCCCCCCCCCCCCCCCCCCCACCCCCCCCCCCCCCCCCCCCCCCCCCCCCCCCCCCCACCCCCCCCCCCCCCCCCCCCCCCCCCCCCCCCCCCCCCCCCCCCCCCCCCCCCCCCCCCCCCCCCCCCCCCCCCCCCCCCCCCCCCCCCCCCCCCACCCCCCCCCCCCCCCCCCCCCCCCCCCCCCCCCCCCCCCCCCCCCCCCCCCCCCCCCCCCCCCCCCCCCCCCCCCCCCCCCCCCCCCCCCCCCCCCCCCCCCCCCCCCCCCCCCCCCCCCCCCCCCCCCCCCCCCCCCCCCCCCCCCCCCCCCCCCCCCCCCCCCCCCCCCCCCCCCCCCCCCCCCCCCCCCCCCCCCCCCCCCCCCCCCCCCCCCCCCCCCCCCCCCCCCCCCCCCCCCCCCCCCCCCCACCCCCCCCCCCCCCCCCCCUACAAGUUAGGUGCGCACAUGUUCAGGAUUGCUGUGAUGCCUUUUACAGUCAAAUAUAAUGCUGCCACUUCUGGUGAGCCACCUGGACUCUGGGACUCCAUUGUCUGUGCUGAGUUAACUGACAUUAGCUGGGGAUCCAGCAUCUGGAUUGUUCUCCCUGUGAGCUCUUCUGGCAACUGUGCCCGUUAA